AACGCAGUAUAUAUGUGAAGCAGCAAAAUUUAGGUUCCCCUUCUCUCUCUUCUUUCUCUCUCUAAACUUCCUGUCAAUUUUUUUUCUUCUUCAAUCCCCUCCUCAAAACGCUUUACUUUUUGGAUUAAUCAAUCAAUUCAAGGGCUUAUUUUGUUCUUCCUUUUCUGGGUAAUUGUACACAGGUUCUUCCUUAUACUGGGACGGUGUUUGAAGUUGAAAGAGAAGGCUUUCGUUGGAAUAAUGAUAUUUUAUUUUUCCUGUUCUAAACAUUGAUUGUUGUGUUUUGAGUGUAAAAAAAUGGAUUUGGAGAGUGGUGAGGCAGAGAGAGGUGUUGAUAUUUUGAGAAAGUCCCAAACCCACGAAGGAGACACUGUCCUUGACAAGUCUAGUGUUGCAGAUGGGGCUUUGGGGAGGAAUGUGAAAGAUGUUGGGAGUAUUAGUAGCAAAGAUAUGUUUGUGAGGGCAGAUAUGAUUGAUUUCAAGAGUUGGGAUUUGCAGUUUGAGAAGCACUUGAGCAGGGCUUGGUCAAAGGAUGGGGAAGGUCAUACGAAGAAGGAAGAGUGGGAAAUUGAAUUAGCUAAACUGGAUAUAAGAAAUGUUAUAGCUCAUGGGACCUAUGGCACUGUGUACCGAGGUGUUUAUGAUGGCCAAGAUGUUGCAGUGAAGGUAUUGGAUUGGGGAGAGGAUGGAAUUGCCACAGCUGCUGAAACAGCUACACUCCGGGCAUCAUUUCAGCAAGAAGUUGCUGUUUGGCAUAAACUAGACCAUCCAAAUGUUACAAAGUUUGUUGGAGCUUCAAUGGGAACAUCAAAUCUUAAGAUCCCUUCCAAUAGCACGUCAAACGACGGUCACAAUUCCCUUCCUUCCAGAGCUUGUUGUGUUGUCGUUGAGUAUCUUCCAGGAGGGACAUUAAAGAAAUACUUAAUCAGGAACUUGAGAAAGAAACUCGCCUUUAAAAUUGUGAUUCAACUCGCUUUGGAUCUCUCUAGAGGUUUGAGCUAUCUUCACUCGAAGAAGAUUGUACAUCGCGAUGUUAAAACAGAAAACAUGUUGUUAGAUUCUCAUCGAACACUAAAAAUUGCUGAUUUUGGUGUUGCUCGAGUUGAAGCUCAAAACCCAAGGGACAUGACAGGGGAAACUGGUACCCUUGGAUACAUGGCCCCAGAGGUCCUUGAUGGUAAGCCUUACAAUAGGAAGUGCGAUGUUUAUAGUUUUGGCAUAUGUUUAUGGGAAAUCUACUGCUGUGACAUGCCUUACCACGAUCUUAGUUUUGCCGAAGUAUCUUCUGCAGUUGUUAGACAGAAUUUGCGACCAGAAAUCCCAAGAUGUUGCCCAAGCUCAUUAGCGAGCAUCAUGCGAAAAUGUUGGGAUGCAAACCCGGAAAAACGACCGGAGAUGGACGAGGUCGUGAGGUUGCUAGAAGCAAUUGAUACGAGCAAGGGAGGUGGCAUGAUACCCGAAGGCCAGGCCCAGGGCUGUUUCUGUUUCACCACUGCUCGUGGCCCAUGAUUUCUGUUUUUAUUCCCAACAAUUUGGUGACAAAUGAUGUCACGAAGCAGUUCAUUGCUAGACCUCAGAAAAUUUUGGAAUGAAUGAUUGAAAUUCAUGGAAAGACAGUCUCUUAUAGUUUUGUUCUCCCUGUUGCAUGGAAUGUCAUGCUGUUUUUCUAUGGUUCUUUUUUAUUUAUUUAUUUAUUUUUACGAUAUCAGCGAGUUAGACAUAAACAUGGAUUCUUGUACAUAUUUAAUUGCAUGAAAGCUACUAUGGUUGUCCUUGUUGAAGCAGAACAAUUAUGGCUGAGAUGGGAAUCAAAUGGAUUUGAAUGUGCUUGUUCA